AUGGAUAAGGACACCAGGUAUCCACCUCAGAAGGACAACAGGUAUCCACCUCAGAAGGACAACAGGUAUCCACCUCAGAAGGACACCAGAUCAGGACUUCGCGGUUACAUAGCAAUAGGAACAAAUUACAACUACAGCGAGGACAUCACCUCAAGAGGAAGGAUAAUAAUCUACGACAUCAUAGACGUAGUUCCGGAGCCAGGUCAGCCGCUCACCAAGAACAGGUUUAAGGAGUUAUACGCGAAGGAACAGAAAGGCCCCGUCACGGCUUUGACGCAAGUGCUGGGGUAUCUGAUAUCUGCUGUGGGGCAAAAGAUCUACAUCUGGCAACUCAAAGACAACGACCUGGUGGGCGUGGCGUUCAUAGACACGCAAAUAUACGUGCACAAGAUGCUCGCCGUCAAAAAUCUGGUGCUUGUAGCAGAUGUAUACAAAUCCAUCUCUCUUUUGAGAUACCAGGCACAGCACAGGACGCUAUCACUUGUGUCGAGAGACCUGAGGAGUGCACAGAUAUACGAGAUGGAGUUCAUGGUGGACAACACGAGCCUCGGUUUUCUAGUCAGCGAGGCGGACGGCAACCUCGCGCUGUUUAUGUACCAGCCUCAGGCGAGAGAGAGCUAUGGCGGCCAGCGGCUGAUCAAGAAGUGCGACUACCACCUGGGGCAGCAGGUGCACGCCAUGUUCCGCAUCGCGGCGCGGCACUCGCCCGGGGACAAGCUGCGCCGGCACGUCACUAUGUUCACGACCCUCGACGGCGGCGUAGGCUACGUGCUACCCGUCAGUGAGAAGGUAUACCGUCGAUUGCUGAUGCUGCAAAACGUCAUGAACAACUACUGCUGCCACGUCGCCGGACUCAACCCGCGCGCGCACCGAACAUACAAAUCGGCGCGCAAGCAAGGCGGCGGCGUGGCGCGCGGUGUACUGGACGGAGAACUCGUGGCGCUGUUCCCGCUCAUGCCUAUCGCUGAGCAACACGACAUUGCAAAGAAAAUAGGUACAAAAGUGGAGGAAAUAGCGGCUGACCUCUACGAAAUAGACCGACUGACAGCGCACUUCUAAACCAUGAAUGUAUUUUUUUAACCGACUGCGCCAGAAGGAGGGCUAUCUUUUAAUCAAAAUUUUUGCAAAUCAGAAAAUUCCUUAUUGUCAAACAAGAAAUGUCCUAGUGCCGUGGACAUGAGGUACAAUUGAAGCAUUGGGUGCAACAAGGGCGUAUCUCGUAAAAUUGAGUUUUGAGAAAAUUGACGAUGUAAGUUUCAAUGUCUUAUAUUUUUUAAAUGUUUAUAAUUUGACUUACACUUACUUUAUUAUUUGUUAGUCCCAUGAUUUAGCAAUAAGAUUAAGGUAUUAUAACUAUU